AUGCGACGGCUAGCGACGCUCCACCUUCUCUCUGCGAAGAAACUGCAGGAGAGCCUUCCCGUGCGAGAGGGGGAGAUUCGCGACAUGCUCGACGCGAUCGCUACUGACGUUUCUGCUGCAGAUGUGACUAAAACGGGUGCUACUACUUCUGUUAGUAGCUGUGCUGCUGCCGGUGCCGCGAAAUCUGCCGCCGCUGCAGACGAGGGGAUCGAGGUGCGAAGGUAUCUGAAUCGCGCUACGCUGAACAACAUUCUCCGCCUUGCUGUCGGGAAGCGCUUCGGCUAUUCGUCGAUUCGCGGCGCGGCCGGCACCACGCCAAAGGCGAUUCUCGAUGCCGCGAUGCGCAUCGACUGGAACGAACGCAUCACCGCAAUGAGCGCCGAGAAACGCGGCGGCGGGUUCCGCGGCACUGCCGACGCGGCUGUCGCAGCUCCAGCUAUGGGGAAUGAGGCUUCGGCAUCAGCGGCAGAAGAAAAUUGGAGGUUACUAUCCCCCCUGACAGAGGACGUGCCGGAAGUUAACCCGUCGUCUAUGACAGACAAGGCGGAAGGCGAAGUGGCAUUUGCGAUUAUCGAGGAGGGUUUUGCAGUCGCAGGAGCAUUCAAUAUCGCGGAUUACGUCCCUUUGCUGAACUACUUGGACCCGCAGCGCAUGUACGCGCGCGCGCAGCGCCUCGCGCCACAGCUGCACGGCUUCAUGCGCGCGUGCAUCGAGGAGCGACGGCGGAUCGUGCUACAGAAGAAUCGUGCAGAUGGGAACGAGACUGCUCUCGUUGACGUGUUGUUCGAGAUUGAAGGGGAGGGAGAGGAUGAGAUGGAUAAAGACGAGAUGCUGAUGCUCGCGAUUGAUAUGAUGAUGGCCGGUACUGAUACCACCUCCAAGACCGUGGAGUGGGCGCUUGCUGAGCUGGCGCAGCACCCGGACAUGCUGGAAAGGCUCCGCGCUGAGGUGGAUGAGGCUUAUGCUAAGUCAGCAAGUGCAGCUGCAAAAACUGGGGCGGCUCCAGCAGGAGGAUCUGAUCUCAUGGUCUCUCUGCCGGUAGCAGAAAUACCGUUCCUUGAACCUGCUGCCCCUGACGUGACCGGGCAAAACUUCAGCCUGCUGCCCUUUGGCUCGGGCAGGCGUGGGUGCCUUGGCACGAACCUGGGGUUGGAUCUGUCUGCCCGCCUGCUGGCAAAUUUCGUUCUGCGGUUUGAUUUCAAGCUGCCCGACGAUGUUAGGGCAGCUGGAGGGGUAGACAUGACGGAAACCUUUGGGCUGACCAUGGCUCUGGCAAAGCCACUCAGGAUUGUGGUGAGGGAGAGAAAGCCAGUGGCAGGGGCGGUGGUGGCUGCUUCAGGAGCUUGA